AUGACUACAGCUUGGGUUCUGGUGCUCAUGACCGUGGUGCUGGGCUUGGCCACAGCUGGCCCUGUCCCCACUUCCAAGCCCACCACAACCUGGAGGGGCUGCCACAUGGGCAGGUUCCAAUCUCUGUCGCCACGGGAGCUGGAAGCCUUUAAGAAAGCCAAGGAUGCCUUGGAAGAGUCGCUCCUGCAGAACGACUGGAGCUGCAGCUCUCGCCUCUUCCCCAUGACCAGAGACCUGAGGCUGCUGCAGGUGUGGGAGCGCCCGGUGGCCCUGGAGGCUGAGCUACACCUGACGCUGAAGGUCCUGAGGACUGCGGCUGACGCGUCCCUGGGCGUCGUCCUGGACCAGCCCCUUCACACGCUGCGCCACAUCCACUCCAGGCUCCGGGCCUGUGUCCCGGCUCAGCCCACAGCAGGCCCCAGACCCCGGGGCCGCCUCCACCACUGGCUGCACCGGCUCCAGGAGGCCACGAAGAAGGAGUCCCAAGGCUGCCUUGAGGCCUCCGUCACAUUCAACCUCUUCCGCCUCCUCACACGGGACCUGAAAUGUGUUGCCAGCGGAGACCUGUGCGUCUGA